AUGAGAUUUCUCCCCUUUGUCGCCGCCGCUCUCGCGGUUGUCCCAGGCGCCUUGGCUGUUGAUCAAAAGAAGUCAGCUAUUGUCUGGUUCGAGGACGAGUCUACCCCCGACAGCAUCGUCGACGAGUGCAAAAACGCCCUCAUUAAGGCCGGUGGAAAGAUCACUCAUGUUUACUCCAUCAUCAAGGGCUUCUCCGUCAUCGCACCCGAGAAGGCGCUCGAGAUCGUUCAGGUCAACCACGAGAACCAUCAGAUUCGGGUUGAGAAGGACGAGGUUGUUACAACGGAUUAA